AUGACAACACAAAGCCCCGAUCCUUUUUGUACGUACCAAACAGCAGAUCAGUUUUCUGAAAUAUUUAGCAUUCUUCCGCCAGUUCCAAUUAUCAAUAAUACUGUUGACAUUUCGAGUACAACUACAUCAAUAUUAAAUGAUUUUUCAAAUGAUGGUUUUCAAACUCACAGUAGCAAGAAUAGUUCCCAAAAGGAAGCUAUUGAUGAAGAAGAUGGCGAUAGUGAUGAAGCUCAAGGAAUCUUUAAAGGCGUUAUUUCUUCACAUUAUCUUCAGUCUCAAAAAAUUUUCUCUGAUGUUAACAGGGCAGAAGGAAAAGAAAGCAAUGAUGAAUUUGGUGUAGCGAACAUUCCAAAUGAUGCUGAUAUAUUAAAUAAUAAAGAGUUUAAAUUUGAAGAUGAAGUUAGUUGGAAGCACAUUGAAGGAGUUUAUAAUUAUACAAGUAAUCAUGCAACAGCUAAGGCAACAAGGCUAACCAAACGUCAUAUCUGGUUAACAUCUUGGAGUAAGAUGCGUGUUGAUUUAGCUGAACAGACUCUUUCAAAGGAUGUUGAAAAUGCAUUAGAAGCUAUUGAAGAAUUGAAAGAUAUUUCUGAAGGAACAAGGAAAUUUAUUAGAAAUUCAAGAUAUUAUAGACAUAUUUUUCAUAGCAAAAUUAGUUUCAUAAAUAUGGAAGAUCCACGAAUUAAAACAUUAAAAAAUAUUCAUGAUUGGUUUUUGCUAGAAUACAUUCUAUCAAGAUAUAAAAUUGCAGCUAUUCAACCACGAAGAAUUUCACAGGAUAUGUUAGAAGGAUUGUUUGGGACCAUUUGUGAACUCAGUGGAGACUCCUCAACACAAACAUUGCAAGGGUAUGGUCAUGCUUUAAAUAAAUAUCAAAUAACUGCAUUAGAAUCAUCAGAAGUUAAAAGUUUUAAUUAUGGAAAUGCAAAUAAUGUUGGUAGUGGAAUGCAUUUCCUAUCAAGAAG